ACACGGCCGAGGACCAAGAAACAAAACCCUACCUGUUACUGAAAAUGGCAUUUGCAUGUGUAACAUCUGGGCAUCUCACCGUAUGAUUUCUAGCUUUGGGAGAUUGAGACGUUCAUCAGCCACCAGAGACAACACGUUGAACGGCGGUAAACUGUGAAGAAAUAUCGAUAUGGUGAUUGACUUUGUAAGGUUCGAUAUCAAAGGCUGGGCAUCCGACAUGGCGGUCAGCUUGACAACAGAGCAGUUUUCUGAAGAAUCCACACACUCUUGGACAUAUAGUUGGUCCUCGAAUCCGACUUGCGAAACUGUGUACUGCUAUGAAGGCAACAGCAAGCAGUAUGGGAGGACAUUGAGCCGAGGAGAAGCUUUUGAUGUUGCAGAUUUUGUCCCGUACGCCGGCAAGCAGAUCAAACGCCCGGGGAUAUUCUUUUUUGAGGCAGCGUGGGUUCUGAUAGCGUCGAAGAUGACGCCAUCGUUCACACAGAUCUAUAUUUUCAAAUCAUCGGUCUAUACUUCGACUGGCAUCUCUGGUCCUUAGCUGAUGCCGACAGCUCAUGGUAAUGAUGGACACGGUCGUUGGCUCAGGUGAAAUUAGGUGGAAGCUCUGAAAAGUGAUCGAGAAUGCAAAAGCGGCGACAAGCUG